UUAAAAAAGAUCCGAAGUUUCCUAAAAAUAACUAAUUUUGGGAUUCCAAUCAAUACCGCAUUCAGAACUAAUUCAUAAUAAUACCUAUAAUAACGUCCAUAUUCAUCCACCCAAUAGUAAUAAUGAUAAUAAUCACAUAAUAAUACCUAUAAUAACGCCUACAUAGCAAAUUAAUUCCACCACCAUUUCGCAUUCAAAGUCUUUGAUAUUGAAUCCGCAGGCCGGGUACCGGAAGACUUUUAGGUAUAGUAACUAGAAGUGAAAAUAAAAGGUAGUGUGAUGUCUGCUUUGGGCAAUCCAACAAAUGUUUUCUGGCACGAUUGCGCAGUUGGGAAGGCGGAAAGGCAAAAACUGAUUAACCAACAGGGAUGUGUUGUUUGGAUCACGGGUCUUAGUGGGUCAGGCAAAAGUACACUUGCAUGUUCAUUGAAUAGAGAACUGUACUCAAGGGGGAAGCUCUCAUAUGUUCUUGACGGUGACAAUGUUAGACACGGGCUAAAUAAAAAUCUUGGGUUCUCACCUGAAGAUAGAACUGAAAAUAUUCGUCGUGUUGGAGAGGUAGCAAAGUUGUUUGCAGAUACAGGCUUAAUCUGUAUAGCCAGCCUGAUAUCUCCUUAUAGAAAGGAUCGUGAUGCAUGCCGUGCAAUGUUGGCAGAUGCAAAUUUUAUAGAGGUUUUCAUGAACAUGCCUCUUGAAUUGUGUGAAGGAAGAGACCCUAAAGGCCUUUACAAGCUCGCACGGGCUGGAAAGAUUAGAGGCACUGCAGGCUUUACUGGAAUCAAUGAUCCUUAUGAACCACCUCUGAACUGUGAGAUCAUGAUCGAACAGAAGGAUGGAAUUUGUCCCACACCAUGUGAUAUGACCUGGCAAGUAGUUUCUUACUUGGAUGAACACGGCUUUCUUCAUGCGUAAAAGCGAUGUUAACUCUGAACUUGUGAUUACUUGUUUACCUGUUGCUUAAUGGUAUGAACCCAGGCCCUUGGAAGUUCAUUCACUGAACUUGAAUUAGAAACAAAAUUUUAGGAUUAGUAAAAAGCGGUUCUAUUGCACCUUUUUGUCUUUACAAAUACAUUGUGGACUGGUUAGGUAACUUAUAACAUUGGACAAUAAUUCUAUGUUUUAUAUGUGGAAAAAUGCAUCUUUAUGUUGAUUUUAAAGGCCGGAUUAA